AUGUCGGAAUGGUUUGUCCUCCGAAGAGGUCUUGCCAAUGGGUUCAUCAACGCGGCGGGAGCCCUAUCGGGACUGAUACUUCCAUUGGUCCUACCUAGUCUCAUUGAGAAGCACGGGAUACCCAAGACCCUGAGAAUGCUGGCUAUUGUCUUGUUUUCUCUCCUGUUACCCUUGCUGCCAUUCGUGCGCGGCCGACUGCCAGCGGCCAAAGUUCAAGCCCCGCAUUCUCAUCGGGGCGACAGUUCAUGGGAAUGGAUGAAACAGAGAAAGUUCCAUUUUUUGAUACUCAUCAAUACUAUUCAGGGACUCGGUUCGUGGUUCAUAUCCUCGUGCUCUAGGCGGAGCUAA